GAAAGCGCUGACCGCUCUAAUGGAUCGCAUGGAGCUGCAAAAAGUCAACAUCGAACUCGAUGAUCAGAGCAACAGUGGGGAAAGCCUCGAAGACAACUACACGGAGCUGGUCGAUUCGGAAAAGGCUGCCAUUAGGAGUCCAUUUGCUAGUGAUGAUGCAGAAAGUCAGAAAUUCCUUACAAAUGGAUAUCUGGGUAAAAAAGAAUUGGAAGAAUAUAAUGAAGAAUAUCACCGGGGCAGAGCUUCCUUUGGAAUGUCCUCGUUCAACCUCAGCAACGCCAUUAUGGGCAGCGGCAUCUUAGGGCUCUCCUAUGCCAUGGCCAACACGGGAAUUAUCCUUUUCGUAGUUCUGCUGCUCAGUGUAGCAAUACUGUCGCUCUACUCGGUGCACCUCUUACUGAAGACAGCAAAAGAAGGAGGAUCACUAAUAUAUGAAAAACUGGGAGAAAAGGCAUUUGGCUGGCCUGGGAAGUGUAGCGUUUUCAUUUCGGUAACAAUGCAGAACAUUGGAGCAAUGUCAAGCUACCUCUUUAUUAUUAAAUAUGAACUUCCUGAAGUGAUCAGAGCAUUUAUGAAACUUGAGGAGAGUUCUGGAGAAUGGUACCUAAAUGGGAACUACCUCGUCAUACUCGUAACAGUUGGAAUUAUUCUUCCCCUCUCCCUUCUAAAGAGUUUAGGUUAUCUUGGAUAUACAAGUGGUUUUUCACUGACCUGCAUGGUUUUCUUUGUCAGUGUGGUAAUCUUCAAGAAAUUCCAAAUACCUUGUCCUCUCCCCAUCAUGGACCAUGGGGUUGAAAACUGGACCGCCACCAAUAACACAGUGCCAAUGCACCUGGUCAUGUUACCAAAUGAGUCUCUCAGUUCUGGUGUGAAUUUCAUGAUGGACAACACAGUUGGGCACUUGCCGGGCCUCGAGGAGCCAAAAGAUACCUCCCCCAAAAGUGGUGUAGAAUAUGAAGCACACAGCGACAGUAGUGACAUGUGUCAGCCAAAAUACUUUGUGUUCAACUCACGGACUGCCUAUGCAAUACCCAUCCUGGCAUUUGCAUUCGUAUGCCACCCUGAGGUGCUACCAAUAUACAGUGAACUGAAAGAUCGUUCCCGAAAACGGAUGCAGAAUGUCUCAAAUAUCUCCAUCACUGGCAUGCUUGUCAUGUAUCUUCUGGCUGCCCUCUUUGGAUAUCUUACCUUCUACGGAGAAGUUGAAGAUGAGCUACUCCAUACAUACACCAAAGUGUACACCUUCGACACCCUCUUACUGUCAGUUCGCCUGGCAGUGCUGAUGGCUGUAACCCUGACCGUGCCCCUUGUACUUUUCCCUGUCCGUUCAUCUAUCAGUGCAUUGCUGUUUCCCAAAACGCCGUUCAGCUGGAUAAGACAUUUCCUGAUUGCAGCAGUAAUUCUUGCUUUUAAUAACCUGCUUGUAAUUUUUGUCCCGACUAUCAAAGACAUCUUUGGAUUUAUCGGUGCCUCUUCUGCUACGAUGCUUAUUUUCAUCCUCCCUGCUCUCUUCUAUGUGCGGCUCGUUGAGAAGGAGCCCCUGAGGUCUCCCCAGAAGAUCGGGGCUUUAAUUUUUCUCAUUCUUGGCAUAAUCUUCAUGAUUGUGAGUAUGACUCUUAUUGUAAUGGACUGGAUUUACAAUCCCCCAAGUUCCAGACAUCACUAA